AUGCCCACAGAUAUGAAAGAUUGGAAAGACUUCGAAGUCACUUACAGGAACACGGUCAGAAAGGUGUAUCAUGACUGCCAGGCGCUCGCUUAUUCUGAGUUGGUGGAGGACAACAACAAGAACGGCCCCCUACUGGAGGAAACAGCGCUGAGAGAAGCGUAUGUCAACACGGGCAAGCAGUUCGCCGAGUACUUGGACGCUAAGGUCGGUGAGAAGUGGGAGGACAUGCCUUCUUAUCUCAACGGGAUGUCGACAGUAGGUGUCUCGGACAGACUUCUCGAUGCACAGAUCAACUUGCUCGGCAAUGCAUUCAUCGGCGCGAAGCAACUCGGCACACCAAGCAUGUGGCAGCACUUCACACUGUGGCAAACGGCGGAGUUUGACUUGAUGAAACACGACGAGCUGGAAUCUAUUCACGGGCCAGAGUUUGGGGGCAGACCGGCUUUGCUUGAUCAAGUGCUUGGCUCCUUCAAACUUUCGCCGGUGACACUCCAGAAGGUUUCCAAUCUGCUGUCCUUGCUCAGAUGCGCAGCACUGAUGCGCUUUCCGGUCAAAUCGCAAGACUUUCAUGAGAGGACUGAACUAAUGAGCAAAUGCUGGGAAGGAGAUCGCGCACCCUUCCGACCGGACUUGCAAAAGAUGAACCUUGAUCAUGUGGCAAGUAAGUGGACCAAGGAUGCGGCCAUCCGGCUCCAAAAUGGUGGCCUACCGACCCCAGAAGACACGAGAGGCUUCGCCAGGGUUCUCCUGCAAGUGGUGCUGCCGCCGGACUCGGCCAAUGACUUGGCCUAUGUCAGUACUGAGUGGAAAUUAGAGUCAGAGAGGACAGCCCCUCCAGCCGGCCACGAGCAUAAGGAUUGGAGAGAUGUCAGUUUCAUGGAUGCCUACAAACUGUUGAAAAACACGGCGCAAGGUGACAAGGUCACGGCACGCGUGCUCUUGAAGCGGGGCUGGGGUCUUGCACCCUUCGAUAUGAGCGAGUCCGUGAAGAUCAUUGCCACUUCCAUGGCCUUUGCCGACCCGGAUUUUAUGGAGUUCGCCGCGAGUGUUCUAGAGGACAUCCGGAAUUGUGUGCUGCAACACCCAAAGAAAAAGAAAGACGAGAGCUCACCCUGGCCCUCUCGGAUCCUGACAAUCGUUGUGCUGGUGCUGUGUCUUGGGGUGCUCCUGCCCUGUUUUCAGUACAGGCGCCACCACCUGAGGGCAACAACUGCAGCUAUGACAGACGUGGAGCUUCGCGAGCAUCCACUGCGGGCCUGA